AUGCGUCCCGUACUGAGGGAAUGGGUGGACAGAGACAGCGGUGCGUUGUCGUACCGUCUCACACAGGUACUGACCGGGCACGGCUGCUUCGGUCAGUAUCUGUGCGACAUGGCCAGACGCGAGCAAAACACUGCUUGCCAUCACUGUAAUGACGACCGGGAUACGGCGCAGCACACGUUGCUCGUCUGUCCCGCUUGGAGCAGUCAAAGAGCGGCCUUACAGGCCACUAUUGGACCCGACAUCACGCUGCCGGCCAUCGUUCGUGCGAUGCUGGACAGCCAACACUAUUGGAGGGCAGUCGAGGCAUUCGCCGAAGUGGUAAUGUCGUCGAAAGAGGAGGCGGAGCGCAGGCGAGAGGCGGAGGCGCUCGAUCCUCAGAGAAGGCCGAGGCGGAGACCAAGGGCCAGACAUGGUCGCGAUAUCCCGCCUUAG